GGACCACGCCCACUUUAAGGACAGCACUACCGGUAACAAAGUAGCGCUGCUGAUUCAGUGUUGUAGAGUAACAGUGUCUCCAGCAUGACUGUCAGGAGAUCCUCCAGAGCAAGCAGCGCCGGGCGCAAAGUGACGCCGAUGAGAGCUGCAGCUGCCCCGUCAUUCUCCUAUUUCCAAACACACGGCUCUAAACGCAGUCGAAGUGCUCCUCGAGGUCGCCAGCUUUCUAAGUUAAAAGGAUAUGGAUGCAACAAAGACAGAGUAAUGAAGGCAGAUGGAAGAUGUCUGAAUGGAGGAACGUUGACUUCAGCUCAUGGCGAGCAGGGCACGUCUGCUGCCGGCGCCUCUGAGGACUUCAGCCAGGACUCCACAAGUAUAGUGAUGCCCUCCGGUGUCUCCAGCUUCCUAUUGGAUUGCUUGGAUGUCGAUUCUCCAGCUUCAGACGAGGACUCGACGCUUUCAUCCAUCGAGGAGUUUCGCAGAGCUGACAAUUAUGAUGGAGGAAGUGCUUUACCUGGAGAUGGACUGAUGGACGGUGUGAAGAACUCCACUCUUCUUGAUCUCAGUCACGCGCAGGAUAUCGCUCUGCAGCCGCUUCCAAACCUCUCCUCCAUUCUCGAACUGUCAUUAGACCCUGCUGAAGAGAAAGAGAGAGAAUUUUCUUUGUCACCCGUUAGGCUGUCUCCUGCACGUGUGUCCUCUGACCGCUCGGCCUCAGGUGUAGCAUCAGGUACAUGUUUCUCUCCGUGUGUCAGUUACAGUAGAUCACAUGACAGAUCUGUUUCCUUGAGAUCAGUGCAGGAGAGAACACCUGUGAACACCAGACCUGUCAUUCUGUCCCCUGCUGGGAAAAAGUGUUUUGCAGAGAAGAGAAAACUAAUAAAAUGCAGAAAAGUGACGUUCAGUGAUAUUGUGAGGGUUCGAAACGUGUCAAGCCAUAGACGUGAUAAGACAGAGCAGCGGGACGAGCGGGUUCAGCCGAGAUCAGAGGAAUCCUCAGAUAUUCCCUCUGGGCCUGUGAGAUUCUUUGUCUUUGCAGACGAGUGUGAGAGAGAAUCCUUUUUCCACAGACUGAAACAAACGCGCUCGUUUACGUUUCCUGCCAAACCGGUAACUCUCUUCCUUAUUCCCCAUAGAGACACUUUUGACACUGAAAGGGGAUUCAUGAUCCCUUCGGCAUGUGUUUCUGUUCUUUAUAGAUCCUCUCCACCAUCUGAGAGCACUUCAGCACAAGUGCAGUUUGAUCGGGAGCAAAUCUGACCAGCAGAGGGCGACUCAGACUCGCAGUGAACAGCGUUAGAUUUCUACACAUAUUUAUUUUUAUCUGAAUAUAAUGUCCAUGCAGUGUUUUUAGCUUUGCUGUUCUCCUGAAGACCUCAAGAGUGAUGAAUAUGUAUUUAUCUGGGUCAGACUGUUCAAGCAAACAGCAGGGAUGAUAAAUAUACAACUCGUCCUCUUAUGGAACAUAUGUGAAAUGAAGUUACGUAAUCUGCACUUCACUGAUGAUUUUAUGAUGAAAAUGAGAAGCCAGCGAUGCCUUGCAGUGCCAGCUAAAGUGGAAUAUAUGACAUUUUACAUGUAAUUUAAUGGGAAGAGAAACUUAUAAAUGAAAUUAUUUAUAUUAGAUGUUUAUGUGUAAAAGAUUAACAAAUACUAAAAGACAAAUAAAGAAUAUUGUGCAACUGAUCUUGAGUUACAGAAUUCUCUUUUUGUGCAAAAACAGGAUGAAACGCUCGUGUCUCAUGAGUUUAAUGCCUCGCAUUGGGUGGAAUAUUUUAUGAAAAAUCAUGCUUUGUUG